GAGGACUUAUUCAAACUUGCUGGUGUGGUUUACUUACACAAUGGGUGGUAUUCUGUCACGAUUCAGUUCACGUAAAGAUGAAAAACCUGCUACAGAUUCACGUUCAGCAGCUACUAUACGCAAACGUUGGAGUUGGAGGUCUAAUAAAAAGCCAUCUGAUGUCGGUGGUACUACAGUGAACCGAUCAAGUACUAUGCCUACAAGAACUAGAUUACAACCAACUGAAGAAAUUCCUGAAGACAGAAAACAUGAUGACAUUUUUGAUAGUGAACAUGAUGAAAAGAAUUAUUCUAACUCUGUUGUCACAUCAAAUCAAAAUGACUAUGCUUCACAACAUUCAAGUGGACAACAGGAACAACAUAAUGUAGAAUGCGCUAACAAACCUAUCGUACAUGAAAUACCUGAAAAAAAAGAUGAGAAGCAACCUAUUCAAAUUUCAUCGACUAAUGAACCAGAAAAUAAAGAUAAUGUAACGAGGGAAAUUUCUACAGAAGAAGCUGAAUUGUUAAUCAGUCAUGUUUUACCAAAUCAGGAAAAUGUUGGUCCUAAUGAAAAUAUAACUGGAUCAGGAACAAAUGGUUCUCUUACUCAUGAUAAUAUAAAUUUCAAUCAUACUGAAGAUCUAAUAGUUAAUAAACAACAACUAGAAGAAAAAUUGGACCACUCUAUUCAUGAUUCUGGUCUAAUGAUGGACCAACAAGAAAUUACUAAAGACCAAAAUGGGUUUUUUGACAGUACUCAGCACCACUUUGAAGAUAAAACAGAUUUAUUAAAAGAAUAUAUCCAUUCUGAAAUAACUGGAGAAGAGAUAAAAUUAGGACAAAAUCCACCAGUAUAUCUUCCUUCAGAAGAGAUAGAAGAGUUUGUGCAUCAGAAUAUCCGAAAACAUGACAGUAAUCAACAGUUAAAAGUUGAAAAUGAUAUCAUAGAACAGGGAGGUGAAGAAAAUCUUAAUACUGAAAGUUCUAAUCAUAAUGAAGUGACGCAACCGGUGAUAUGUUUCUAUCGUCCAAACGUAGUUGAAUAUCCACCUCCUGAGGAGAUACAACUUAAUGAUAUAGAUGAACAGACGUAUAACCAGCAAACAAAUAUUAUUUCAAACAUUCAAUCUUCAGGAAUUGUUGGAGAGAAAGAUUCAAUCUAUGGUCAGGUUGUACAAAAUGAAUCAUUAGAAUGUUCAGCUGAACUUCGUGCAUUCCAUGAUCUAUCUAACAAUGAAGAACUCCCUAAUUCAGAACUCAUUGAUAAAGAUAACAAGGUGAAUUUCGUUGAAACUGAGAAUACAUUAGAUAAUGUAAUUUCAGAACAUGUCGAGCAGAAAAAUACAUUCCAAGAAACAUUGGAAAAAGAGCUCAAUGAAAGCUUAAUGAAUGCAGGUGAAACGAAAAUUUUGUCGGCUGAUGAGCCACCUAUUAAUUUAAAUGAUAAAAUACAUGUAGAACAAACUGAGAAUAUCUCGCACCCUGAAUACACAGAGCAUGAUGCACCGAUUGACGAGAAGGCAACACUAAAUGAACUAGAUAAAUGCUCCUCUCAACCAGGUCUGACAUACGAUCCAGUGCCUAGUUUAUCUCCUAUCACCACGGAACCUAUUAAUUUGGAUGAUGAUAUGCAUGCAGAACAAACUGAGAAAAUCUCACAUCCUGAAAACUUGGAAUCCAUUAAUUUGAAUGAUGAAAUACAUGUAGAACAAACUGAGAAAAUCUCACACCCUGAAAACAUGGAAUCUAUUAAUUUGGGUGAUGAAAUACAUGUAGAGCAAACUGAGAAAAUCUCACAUCCUGAAAACAUGGAAUCUAUUAAUUUGGGUGAUGAAAUACAUGUAGAACAAACCGAGAAUAUCUCACAUCCUAAAUACACAGAGCAUGAUGCACCGAUUGACGAGAAGGCAACACUAAAUGAACUAGAUAAAUGCUCCUCUCAACUAGGUCUGACAUACGAUCCAGUGCCUAGUUUAUCUCCUAUCACCACGGAACCUAUUAAUUUGGAUGAUGAUAUGCAUGCAGAACAAACUGAGAAAAUCUCACAUCCUGAAAACUUGGAAUCCAUUAAUUUGAAUGAUGAAAUACAUGUAGAACAAACUGAGAAAAUCUCACACCCUGAAAACAUGGAAUCUAUUAAUUUGGAUGAUGAAAUACAUGUAGAACAAACCGAGAAUAUCUCACAUCCUAAAUACACAGAGCAUGAUGCACCGAUUGACGAGAAGGCAACACUAAAUGAACUAGAUAAAUGCUCCUCCCAACCAGGCCUGACAUACGAUCCAGUGCCUAGUUUAUCUCCUAUCACCACGGAAUCUAAUAAUUUGGAUGAUGAUAUGCAUGCAGAACAAAAUCAGUACACUUCACCUUCGGAAAGCAAUGUAAACAACAAUAUACCUGUUGAAAAGUCCAUUCACACAGUCUUGGAAAGCCCAACUGAACCAGUUACGGAAUACAAUUUCUCGUCAAAUGAGUCACAUUUUACUUCAGAACUGGUGUUAAGUGAAGACAAUAAAGAAGUCACUAAAGACGUUGACUUAGAACAUUCUACUGAAGAUCUUAAAACAGAAGAUAUUCAUCGUAAGCAAAUAAAUGACACUGAAACUUUGACUACAUUUGAAGAAUCAGUUAAUAACCUGCAUAAUACACUGAACUCGACUCAUAUUGAUGAUGUAAUUGAUCAGCAUCAAACGCUUGAAACAUUGCACGAUGAAAAUCACACUGAUGUUCAACUAAAUACAGAUAUCAUGAAUGUAAUCACUUCGGAGAAUUUGCAUACAAAUUUGAUAAAUGCAAAUGACGAAUUUGAAUAUGAGGCUCAAUCUUUAGUUCAAUCUGUUUUAAACAAUGCUAAAGAAUUUGUUUUUAAUGAAAAUAAUUUUGAAAAUCAUCAGAACUCUGAUACCAUCAAUACAAAUCUUAUCUUGACUAAUAAUAACAGUAACAAUAAUGAUUAUCUUACUAAUAAUAACAGUUAUAUUAAUGAGGAAGAUACUAUUGAGGGAAUGAAACAAAAUAUGACAAUGAAAGCAUCCAUGGAAUUUGACCACUCUGACCUGUCUGAAUCAAACAACCAACAUUUGAAUAACACAAAUGACCUUACCAUAGCAUAAAUGCAAAAAUGACACACCUUUCUUUUUUUUCGUGACAUUAUUUGUACACAUCAAAUAAAUCUAUAUGUUCAUUAUUCAGACUCAAUGAAAAUCCAACUGUUCUUGUCAAAUUUAACAGAGAUGACUACUACUAAUUCUCGGUUAUUGUUUUGCUUAUCAAUGCUUUCCGAUUAGUUUAUUAACCUUAUCUUGAUCACCCAUUAUUGACUAUGGCUUACCUUUCACAUUUUACCCAAUAAUUUCAUCUUUGUAUUUUUAUCAUGCAUUUUCCCUAAUUAAGACGAUCGAAGACGGGAGAAAUUCUAAAUUCACAUGCAAAGAAAACAAACUGUAAACAUAUGUAUUUCACACGGCAAAUUGAUAUUGCUUUUGUUUUCUGAUUGAAUGUUUUGUACCAGGACAAAAGCAUAUCCAUUACGAUGAAUAACAAGUCGAUGUUUUCUUUUCUUUUCAUUGCUUUAACACCCAGCUAACUAGUUCACUGUUAUUGAAUGAAUGAUUGAAAUACCUUUUUUUUAAAUCGUCAUGUUCUUUUUAUUAAUUUUAACUUCAAUGCUUACUUAAAAAUAAUGAACAGUUUCUUUUCUAGUUUCCAAGUAAUGAAUUCAUUUGUUUAAAAAGAAAAAAAACAACAACAACAUAUAUUUGGUAUCAGCUUUGUUGUGCUACAGCAUACAACAUGCUUAUAAUCUUGUCUUAUUUUUUUAUCAAUGAAAAUCAAAUCAUUUUUGGUCACUUAAUUGUUUAAUAUUAAUAUUAUUAAUCGUUAUUAUGAAGAAACAAUGGUGCUGAUUAUAACAAUAAUUUACUGUUCUUAUGCU